AUGUCGCCACCGACCGCGGAGCUCCAGGCAGCGGGCCUGACUCCUGCGCAGGCCGAGUUCGUGGAGGACAAGCUGGGCCGCGUCACCCUGGUCAAGAACAUGAGCUGGGGCAACUUUGACAGCACCGUCCUUCACGUCGCGCGCAAGGUUGGGCCGUUCGUCAUCAAGGCGUGCGGACCCGGCAUUGGGCGACACCACUUUGACCGCGAACUGGCAGCGUUUCGAGCAGGAGUCACGGACCGACUAGGAUCGCAUGCAGCACGUCUUCUGCACGUGGACGAGGGACUUGGUGUCAUGGUGCUGAACUAUCUUCCAGGAUCACUCGUGUUCGGCUCCCCCUUCCAGCUCGACCCCGAUACGCAUCGCCAGGCUGGCCGGCUCCUCCGACAGAUCCAUUCCAACCCCCAAACUGACACUGAGUGGGACGCAAAGGCUACGCGCCGCUCGCUCGACUGGCUGGACAAGGAGCACCGCAUUCCCGAGCCCGACGCCGCUCUCACCCGCCUCAUCCUCGAGGACCGCAUCUCCACUCCGCACCCUGUCGAAGUCGUCGACACGCACGGCGACUACCACCCGCGCAACUGGCUACGCGACGACGCCGGAACCGUCAGAGUCAUCGAUUGGGGGCGGUACGAGCGCCGGCCGGCGUUCACCGACUUCAUCCGCUGCGCAUGCCAGGAGUGGGCGGAGAAGCCCGAACUCGGCCACGCGUUCGCAGAGGGGUAUGGCCAGGACCUGCGCGACACGGACGACUGGAAGAUGGAGUACCUCCGCCAGGCUGUGGGCACGGCGUGCUGGGCCCCGACGAUUGGGGAUGAGAAGUUCGAGGCGCAGGGUAUCAGGAUGGUGGCCGAGGCGCUCGAGCUGCUGCGUCCUUUGGCUGCGCGACUGCAGAGCCAGUCGCGCGGAUAG